ACUCAGUCAUGUUUCCAUUUCAAAGAUGACAAGAAAACAUAUAAUUUUUUAAAAGUUAUAGUAAGAGAGAUGACUUAGUGAGCAUUUUUAAUAUAUGGGCGUGACGGAAAGGUGUGACGAUAAAAAAUACAUAUAUAAUAUAUGGACUCAGAAACGGAGCGCAGUAAUGGCGAAAAUGGAAGGGAAGCAGUGUGUUUUUCUGGAUCGGAGCAAUCAUUCCCAGCCGAAUACAACGUCGCCAUCAUCCACUCGCCCAGUGCUCUUCCUGCUCCUGGGCAUUGGAAUUGGCUAUCUGAUCACCCAGGUGCUUGUAUGGCCAAUAAUGGAUCUUAAAUCGCACACGAAUCGCACGGGUGCAUCGACUCCACUGGACAUCGAUUUGACCGAGGAGGUGCGAGUCCUGUGCUAUGUGUACACCAAGCCCACUAAUCACAAGACUCAGGCCCAAGCCGUUCUGGAAACUUGGGGCAGGCGAUGCAACAAGCUGAUCUUCUUUAGCAGUCGCACUGAUGUCAAUCUAACUGGAUCUGUGGAACUGCCCGUAAGUCCCUACUUCCGUGAGUCGUGGCUAAAAACGAAAAUGGCCUUGAAGUACCUUCAUGAUCAUCACCUCAACGAUGCCGAUUGGUUCCUGGAGGCCGACGACGAGACCUACGUGGUGAUGGAAAACCUGCGCUACAUGGUCUAUCCCUACAGCCCAGAGCUAGCCAUCUAUUUCGGCUCACCCGGCACCGUGAUGAGUCGUGCUGCACUGCGUCGCUUGGUUGAGCUGUCCCUGCCCAAUCCCUCCAAGUGCGAGCAAAAGGAUGCGGGUCCCACCGCAGAAAAGCUGAGGGAGUGCCUCGAAAAUGUGAAUGUGCUGGCGGGCAACAUCUACGAUUCCGAGGGACGCCGGCGCAUGUAUCUCAUCGAACCGCAGGCCAGAUCCAAUCUGUUUCUGCACUAUGAUUCCAAGAACUGGUUUUGGAAGUUCCUCGCCUACAGAACGCAAGAUGGAAUUUUCGCUUGGUCCAACUAUGCGGUUUCGUUUCACUACGUUCAACAUCGCUAUAUCCACUGUUUUGAGUAUAUGAUCAAUAGAUUAAGGACUUUUGGACGAAAACAGAUUGUAGAAUCGCUUCCACCUAAGUAUAAUUCCGCCGCCAAAAAGGAUCUAGGAGCACAAUCUACUGAUGCUGAGCAAGAAAUACCAGCAGACUACGCGUAUUAGAAAUAAAUCUACAUUCUAAGCUUCUUUUUUUACUUUUUAUUAAAACGAUAUUCAAGUUGUAAAUUGGAAAUUUCAAUUUCAAUAGUUGUUUUACCAACUGAAAAAGUUGCGCUAAAAUCUAAAGCUUUUUAGCCAAGUUUUAAACAAUCAAGUGACUAACACUUGUCAACAAAAAGCGGCUUUCGCUUCAGCACCGAAGUUAAAAGAUAGAUUGAUUUUCAAAUUGAUACCACCGAAUAAUUGUUGAAAAUAAAACUCUUUUGUAAUUGUGUGUCAAUUUAUUAA